UAAAUCUUAACUAAAGCAAAUGAAAAUAUAAAUGUAAAUAAGAUGGGACUGAAAAUGUAGUUCAUAAGUACUGAUUUAUUAUCAUUUAAUAUAUUGCAAAUAUUUAUCAUAUUUUACUGAUUUAGAAUGGGAAAUGCACUUGUUAUUUAUAGGAAUCAUUAUUCCCCAAAACAUCAGUCUUAAAAUAACCAUUAUUCUCAUUAUGGAUAGGAUAGUUGAGUUUCUAAUUUAACUUGUUUGAAAAUAACAUUGUUUUGUUAUAUAUAAUAAUUCUCGACUUUCUGUAAUUUUUAUAUGGGACAGAUAUCUUUUAUAGCCAUGAUUUUCUUAGGCCCUUGAAACCUUAAGAAGAAAAUCUCUACCUUAUGACAUAGCCUCCUGGACCAGGACAUCCAAAAUGAUGAAAAGAUUGAUUUGGGGGCAACACUUAAAGAAGCUGAGUUGGCAACCUGUUCUAUAGAAUUACUUUUACCAUUAUUUAAAAAUGCCAUUGAAGAGAUGAGUUUUGAAAAUGCUAAUCUUUCUGUCUCCAGUUUGAAGAUUUCUAAACAGAAGGAAAUAUUAACAAAAGAAUUAGAUACAUUUAAACGGGUAAAACUAGCCUUAGAGCAUCUUCUUAGAAAGACCAACUACAAACAAACAGGAGACAAUUUACCAAGCAUGUUAUUACAGAAUCUGACUGAUAAUGAAAGUGAAAAUAUUAAUCUUAAGAAGAAGGUACUUGAAAAGGAGGCCUAUAUCCAAGAACUUACUUGUUUGUUUCAGAAUGAGAAGGAAAAUACUUUGAAAGCAAACCGUUUAUCUCAGGCAGUGAAACUAGUACAUGAACGACUACAGCUCCAGAUUCAUAAAAGGGAAGCAGAGAAUGAUAAGUUAAAAGAAUACAUGAAGUGUUGCCAUGGGAAAUCCAUAUUGAAGGACUUAGAAAUCAAGAUAGCUAAAUGGAACUUGCAACUCAAGACAAAUAAGGAUGAGACUACAGCAGUGAAAGAAGCAAGUAGGCAAAAAACUAUAGCUCUAAAAAAGGCUUCUAAAAUUUACAAACAAAGGCUUGAACAUUUUACAGGAGAUAUUGAACACCUUACUUCUCAGAUUAGAGAUCAGGAAGCCAAGUUGUCUGAAACGGUUUCAGCUUCUAAUGCCUGGAAAAAUCAUUAUGAGAAAAUUGUAAUAGAAAAAACUGAAUUGGAAGUUCAGAUCGAAACAAUGAAAAAACAAAUCACUAAUCUUUUGGAAGACCUGAAGAAGAUGGAAGUCCAUGGAAAAAAUUCAUGUGAAGAUAUUCUUAGAAAACUUCAUUCAAUGGAACAUGAAAGUGAAACUCUGAAUCUUGAAAACAAGGAAUUGAAGGGUACACUUGCUGCUUUGGAGGACAAGGUUGUUUCUGUUGAAGAGGAACUCUUAGAAUUACAAGAACUAGAAAACCAACAGAAAACACUUAUUGAAGUGUAUAAAACUCAGGUACAAAAGUUGCAAGAAGCAGCUGAAAUGGUGAAAAGCAAGUGUGAAAGUUUGCUACAAGAAAAUAAUCUAAUGACAAAAAACAAAAAUAAAAAAUUAGAUGAGAUGAGAGGCCAGAUGGAGUCUCAUCUGAAGGAGGUAGAGCAUAUCCGUGAUUCCUUGACGGCGGCUGAACGGAGGCUUCAGGAGUCUCAAGAGAGCCUGCAGCACUGCAAGGCGAAAUGUGCAGACCAGGCACACAUCCUUAGGGAGCUUCAGGGCCAGAUUGAUGAAAAUCACAGUCUUCUAAAGCUUUCUCUAGAGGAGGAAAAUUAUCUAAUUCAGUUGAAGUGUGAAAACCUUAAACAAAAAUUAGAACAGAUGGAUGCAGAGAAUAAAGAGCUUGAAAAGAAGCUGGCAAACCAAGAAGAGUGCCUUAAGCACAGCAAUCUGAUGUUUAAAGAGAAAUCUGCAGAAUAUACAGCACUGGCCAGGCAACUGGAAGCUGUUUUAGAAGAAGGAAGACAUAAGGUUUCUGAAGAAGUAGAGAAAAUGUCUUCUAGAGAGAGGGCUUUACAAACUAAAAUAUUAGAUCUGGAAACUGAGCUUAGAAAGAAAAAUGAAGAACAAAACCAACUUGUUUGCAAAAUAAACACUAAAGCACAACAUCAAGAAGUAUCUUUGAAAGAAAUGCAACAUAGUCUUGAGAAGUCAGAGAAUCAGAAUGAGAGUAUUAAGAAUUAUUUACAGUUUCUUAAAACUUCUUAUGUAACAAUGUUUGGGUAAAUCAUUGAAUUUAUUUUCAGCAUUAGGUUUUCACUAUGAAUCUAAAAUGUGAUUAGGUAAAAAAAUAUUAAUGGUUAUGAUUUAUAAAUAAAUAUUUGAAAUAUAAUUUAUUAUCUAAUUGAAACUUGAAGACAUGAUAGCUACUAGUUUUCCUUUUUUCUAGAUAAUUCUCACUUAACUAGUAUAUUAGUUUUUAGAACAUUUUCCUGACACACACAGAUACGAGAAUCAUUUUUUGUGAUGUCUGUAGCUACAAUUUGUAAUAAAUCUUGGCCAAUUAUGAGCCAAAUACAUGAUUUCAAAUAAU